GCGUCCAUCCGGCCGAUGAGCCCCACACGCCACGCCCGCAAUCAUCGACUGCUGGUGCUCCAGCUUAUGUCUAGCUUUUCCGGCCAACUGCCAAGCAAAGAUGCAAGUAACUCCGUCGCGUUCUCGCCUCAAGACACAGGCACAGCAUCAAUCCCAGCUCCCUAUAUAUGCAGCACACUGCCCACUCAUCUCGUCACCAACUCUCUUACCGAACAAACCCUUUCCUUAGCAAAAGCGAAAGAGCAGAGCAGCAAGCAAUCAUUCGAGCAGCUACGGGCUACGGCGACGCAGGCCUUGCGAUCGCUUUGCUGCAUUCCGGCGGACACCAUGACAACAAUGGCGACGCCCAAGUCGUUGAAGAAGGCGUCGAUCAGCGGCAAGGCGUGGCGGCUGCUGCGGCUGGCGGUGCUCUGGGCGCGGAAGGGGAGCGCGGCGCGCAGCCUCCGCCUGCUCAAGACCCUGCGCCGCAGCGGCCUCGGCCUCCACGGCAGACGCAACGACCAGCUCCGCUACGGCGAGCGCGAGUUCUCCAUCGACGAGACGCCCUCAUUCCGGUUCCGCACCCCCUCCGCGCGCGUGCUCCGCUUCAUCCCCUGCAUCGCCACCGCCGUCCCUGACACACCCGCUCGCUACGGCGAGGACCGGUACUUCUUCUGCGACGCCCGGGAGUGUUGGCCCAGCCCCAAUCGCCGAGGCUGCUCCGGGGACUACUACGACGAUGCCGAGCUGAGCGAGUGCGGCGUCGAGGAUGACCAGCUGCUCGAGCGGGCGAUGAUGGAGGCCAGCUGCGGGAACGUGGAGGCGGCGGAGGGCAGCGAGGACGCCGGGGUGGACGUGAAAGCGGACGAGUUCAUCGCCAAGUUCUACAAGCAGAUGAAGCUGCAGCGACAGAUCUCCUGGCUGCAGUACAACGAGAUGAUGCACAGGAGUGUCUGCUAGGUAGAUAAUUAGCGGUAGUUAUAUUUUCUGUGAACAGAUACUGAGUUUUGGUUCAGCUUCAACGAUACAUAGUAGUUUGGUGGCUGUAUGUAUGUAUACAUUACUCCUGAUUCCUGAAUUCGUGUUGGAUUUGGUGGCUGCUA